UUCUGUACCCCAACGGUUAAGGCUCUGCUUUCAAGCAAAACAAUAAAAAUAGUAAAGUAUGUUGAAAUGUGAAUAAAAAGAAACCACUUUUUUAAUUAUCAAUAUUAAUCGAUUACUAAAUCGAUUUGAAUCGAUAAUUCCAAAAACUAUGUACGUACUCGAUAAAAGACGUCAUUGGAUUUUUUUGUUUGACGUUGAUUUGACAGUUGACAGUGACAGACGACUGGCAAGCAAGUAGGCGCUCUUCACGUUUGUUUACUUUUGGUACCUAUUCAUUAUUUGUAAAUAUUCCCCUUUUAUUAAACCAUGCUUAAACAAUAAACAUGGAUAAAGAUAGUUGUUUUAUUGACAUCACUGCCGAAUUCUUGGGAGUUGCUUUUCACAGUAUUCUUUACUAUACAUCAGUUUAUCCUAAAAAUAUUUUUGAAAUGCGUAAAAAGUACAACGUUGUAGUGUAUCGUUCUAUACACCCUGAAGUGAAUCAGUAUAUUGAGCUGUGCUUGAAGACAAUCGUGGAAUGUUUGAAGAAUAAUCAACUGGACUGCGUGGAGUUUGUGGUGACAGAAAGUGAAUACAAACCUUUAUUAAAGUUUGUUUUUCAGUUUGAUAAGAACAGCAUGUUUGAUGAGACUGUGGACGCGUAUUUAGUGCAGUGUGAACAGAACUUGCGUGCCUUCUGCUUGAAAUUGUCUUCUGUUAGUAAUAAUUUAAAAGAACUUCCUGAUAAUAGCAGCUUUUCCAUAUACAUUCAUACCAACGAGUCCAAUGCUGUUGCAAUGUCCAUAAAUCCAGAGUUUGAAGAGUUUCCAUUAAUUGAAGUAAAAGAUAUUUCUGAAGAGACUGACAAGAUUAUUCCUCUCAGCAGGUUUUCUAUUAGAAGUUAUGCCAUAGAUACUUAUGUGGAACUUAAGUAAUGUGUAAUAUCAUUUGUAUUCAAAGUUUUGAAAUUGUAAUAUAAGUAUACUUUAUGUUAUGUAAUGACAAUAUAAUAACUUAGUAGUUAUUACAAGUGUAAUACUGAUGUGAAUUUAACUUGAUAUAAACUAAAUAAAUAUUAGGGGUAAUUAACAA